GGAAUCGCGCUCCGCCUCCAAUGGAUACCCGGACACUGCGACGAUCCAGGGAACGACGCAGCAGAUCGGUUGGCCAAAGACGCGGCAAGCCCGGGCAAAACACACCCCUUCCGCCCUUUACUGACAAGGAAGAGAGCGCUUAUCCGGGACAAGAUCCGCGCUCAAUGGGAGCGGGAAUGGAAAGCAUCAACCAAUGGCGGUCACUUGCGAAAAAUCGAUAGCACUCUACCGGCGACCUACACCAGGAAGCUGUAUGGGAAUUUGCCCAGGGGCCGGGCGUACCUGUUGACACAGCUACGCACGGGCCACAAUUGGCUAUCCACCUAUGCCAAGACCUUCGGCUUCCGCGACAAUGAUCAGUGCGUGUGCGGCGCGCAAGAAACAGUCACCCACGUGCUGGUGGACUGCCCAAAUUUGAGGGAAAUCCGAAGGGAGCUAAGACGUGAAGCUGGGGACGCGUUCAACGACGUGUCGAGUCUGCUGGGAGGCUCAACCGAAGGUAGGAGAGGUAAGCCAGACAUCGUGUCGCGGGCUAGGACGGUCAAAGCCGUACUAGACUUCGCUGAGGCGUCACAAAGGUUCAAAAGUCGCGCGCCAUGA